AUGCAGUAUCUUCAGGAUCAACGAGAGGAAGCGCUGUCACUUUUAAACCAAUCAGAGGAGACCAUCAGGGAGCGUCAUGGUGAUGAGAGUGAGAAGCGGCUGAUUGUGACGUAUGGAGACAUGGCCUGGCUGAAAUAUCACGAUGGAGACUUUGCACAGUCACAAAGCUACUGUCAGAAAGUCGAGGACAUACUGGUGAAGUAUCCCACUGGUUCAUCAGGAGGUCUCCUUCCAGAGGUGUAUGGCGAUCAAGCCUGGACCUAUUUCAAGGUGUCAUGGUCUUCUCUCUCCAAAGCCAUCGACUGUUUUCAUAAAGCACUUGAGGUACAGCGUCAUGACACAGAGUGGAACGCCGGCUACGCCAUCGCCCUCUUUUGCAGAGAACAGUGGGUUUUAGGAAAUAAACAGGAAGAUGAGGAAUCCAAAGCCACCAAACAGCUUCGCUUUGCAUUGGAGAUCAACCCAAAUAAUGCUGUUCUGCAGUGCAUGCUGGCCUUGAAGCUGACGGCUUAUAAGAAAUACGAGGAGGCUGAUGGUUUGGUGAAUAAAGCACUAGAAAAUGAUCCCGAUAACCCUCAUGUCAUCCGGCACUCCGGCAAUUACUUACAUAAUCGGAAUCGACUGGAUGAGGCUAUUGAUGUGCUUAAGCGAGGCCUGAGAAGGGGCGAUCAAUUACCUUCCUUCAACUACCAGCUGUUUUCUGCUGUUUUCUCUCUGCAGGGGCUGCUGAUGCCACUGAAAAAAUAUGAUUGGAGACAGUGUGCUCAGAAACUGAAGCAGAUCGCUAAGAAACGUCUGUCAAGGAAUCCAGGUGAUGGUGAAGCUCUCGCUCUGCUGGGUCAGGUGGCCAGAGCUGAGGGCGACAGGAAGGAAGCUGCUUUGUUUUAUGAAGAAGCUCUGAACUAUGACAAGGAUAAUGAAGAGUAUCUGUCUGCUCUGUGCGAGCUGCGCCUGGAGCUGCAGGGAUCAUCUGAUUAAUCACCAUCACUGCAAAAACUGGCUAUAACUAACUCUUACAAUCUUAUAUCGAGCCAAAAAUAAUUUCUUAUCUUGUUUUGAGAGUGAUACACUCAGAGAGAGCGGGAUGCAAUUAAUCUUUUACAAUAUGUAUUCUUAGUUAGUUCAUCUUCUUUAGCAGUUUCAUGUGAUCAGUGCUCAAAUAAAGGUUGUUGUAUAUGUGCUUUAAUUCAUGUAGUGUAAAGGCUUUGUCUUAGUUUAAUAUAAGACAAUCCUUCAAUAACAUUCUUGCUCAGUUGCUCUUGUUUUAAGAUAUUUUCCCUUAAAGUGAGAAAGAAGUAGAGACAUUUUGAGUUUAUUUGACAUAAUAAAGUACUUGGAUCAAGUGUUUCAACACUCAUUUCAAUUGAUUUCUCACUUCAUUAAAUGCAAGAGGUUGGAAGUAAUGAUGUACAAAUACU